AAUGCGCUUUGAUAUGGUAUCCACACCAUCAAGCGGUGUUGCAGCGGCCAUUUAUCCUCCCGAUUCGGUCAACAAACCUCACUGUCUUUUCUCAAAACGGCCUUAUUUUGAUAUUUUCUGAUUCACCAAAUUUAUUUAUAACAUGCCUGGAUAUUCAGAGAGAGAUCGUGGCAGAGACAGAGGGUAUGGCAGCAGUGCCCCUCGAUUUGGUGGAGGCCGCAGUGGUCCUCCAUCUGGGAAGUUUGGGAACCCUGGUGAGAGACUGCGGAAAAGGCACUGGAACCUGAAUGAGCUUCCCAAGUUUGAGAAGAAUUUUUACAAAGAGCACCCUGAUGUCACUCGGAGAUCAAUGCAAGAAGUGGAACAGUACCGCAGAGGGAAAGAAGUGACGGUGAAAGGCAGAGAUUUUCCUAAACCCAUCAUUAAGUUCAAUGAGGCCAAUUUCCCCAAUUAUGUGAUUGACGUGAUCUCUAAACAGUCCUGGUCUGAGCCCACCCCUAUUCAGGCCCAGGGGUGGCCAUUGGCACUCAGUGGAAAAGACAUGGUUGGCAUUGCCCAGACAGGAUCUGGGAAAACCUUGGCUUACCUGCUGCCUGCCAUUGUGCACAUUAACCACCAGCCUUUCCUGGAACAUGGAGAUGGCCCUAUUUGCUUGGUGCUGGCCCCCACUCGUGAACUGGCACAGCAGGUACAGCAGGUGGCUGCAGAGUAUGGAAGAGCUUCCCGCCUGAAGUCCACUUGCAUCUAUGGUGGAGCACCCAAAGGACCUCAAAUCCGUGAUCUUGAAAGAGGUACUGUAGGUGUUGAGAUCUGCAUUGCAACCCCUGGUCGUUUGAUUGACUUACUGGAGGCAGGAAAAACCAACCUGCGUCGCUGCACAUACCUGGUUCUUGAUGAGGCCGAUCGUAUGCUGGACAUGGGAUUUGAACCUCAAAUUCGCAAAAUUGUUGAUCAGAUUCGUCCUGACAGACAGACUCUGAUGUGGAGUGCUACAUGGCCUAAAGAGGUGCGUCAGCUGGCUGAGGACUUCCUGAAGGAUUAUUGUCAGAUCAAUAUAGGAGCGCUGCAGCUUAGCGCCAAUCAUAACAUCCUGCAGAUAGUGGACGUCUGCAAUGAUGGAGAGAAAGAUGACAAACUUUUGCGGUUGUUGGAAGAGAUCAUGAGUGAGAAGGAGAACAAGACAAUCAUUUUUGUGGAGACAAAGAGGAGAUGUGAUGAGUUGACCAGGAGGAUGAGGAGAGAUGGCUGGCCUGCCAUGGGUAUUCAUGGUGACAAGAGUCAGCAGGAAAGAGACUGGGUUCUGAAUGAGUUUAAGUACGGGAAAGCCUGCAUCCUGAUUGCAACAGAUGUUGCCUCACGUGGCUUAGAUGUGGAGGAUGUGAAAUUUGUCAUCAAUUAUGACUACCCUAACUCAUCUGAAGACUAUAUACAUCGCAUUGGAAGAACGGCUCGCAGUCAAAAAACAGGCACAGCCUACACCUUCUUUACUCCAAACAACAUGAAACAGGCCAACGACCUCAUCUCUGUCCUCCGUGAGGCAAACCAAGCCAUCAACCCAAAACUGAUCCAGAUGGCAGAGGACAGAGGAGGUCGUUCCCGUGGCGGUCGCAGUGGCUAUAAGGAUGACCGUCGGGAACGGUAUUCUGGUGGGAGUAGGAGAGAUUUUAGUAGUUACAGAGAUAGGGAUAGUGACCGGGGAUAUGGUAGUGGACCAAAGGCACAGAGUGGAGGCUAUGGGGGCAGCAGCUUUGACAAAAGCAAAAAUUGCAGCAGUAGCUUUGGUAACGGCUAUGGUGGCAAAGGACAAGCCAACUACAAUUUGGCAAACUCUGUGGCUACCUUUGGGAAUCAAAAUUUCCAGAACCAGCCAUUCCCGGGAAACCAGGCUCCAGCCCAGAACGGGAUGAACCACCCACAGUACCCCUAUAACCCUUCUCAACAACCCCAGCAGCCACCACAGCCCAUGGUGCCCUACCCCAUGCCCCCCUCUUUCCCCCAGUAGAAAACUUCAGACAUACACAAAUAAUGAAGUAACUGUUUAAAACAUUGUUGUUAUAAGUAUGACUAUUCUUUGUACUGUUUAUUUUGCUUAUGGCAGAGCUGGAUGCUUUAUCUAGCUGAUAUUUACUAGUCCAAGCAAUUUUAAUGUAACUUGAGAUCAGUGCACAUCUUUUAUCAUUUUUGUUUCAUUCUUUGGUUAUUUAUUUUUUUAGGUAAUGCAGAUUUUGAUUUAAUGUAUGUUUUAACUAUGUUUCAAACUUGAUUUGAGGGUCAUGCAUGGAUCUUCAAAUAAAAAGGGAAAAGGA